AUGGACUUCCCAAUAAUAAGACAAGCUCGCAAAACUGCGCUUGAGCGCAAUGGCAUCGUUCCAGUGGCUUCGUUCGAAUCGAGAAUACCACACACACAAGAAAGGGACCUUCCCGGUGGAGCGAAUUGGGUCGUUCAAAAGUUCGGCGGGACGAGCGUGGGCAAGUUUGCUGUAAAGAUUGCGCAGGACAUUGUGCUGGCAGGCCUUAAGGACCAGCGUAUUGCCGUGGUUUGCUCGGCACGAAGUACUGGAACGAAAUCUGAAGGGACGACGACCCGCCUACUAAAAGCCGCGAAGGAGGUUGAGUCAAACAGCGACAAGUAUCUCGAGGUUGUCGCUGCGAUCCGUGCGGACCAUUUGAAGGCUGGGCAGGACUGCUUGAGGAGCGCAGAGAUACUUGCGCAGUACUCGGGAGCUAUUGAGAAGGAAUGCGAUGAUCUAUUGCAAGACCUGGCUGCUGCGCAGCGCUUGAGGGAGGUUUCGAACCCGGUCAAGGACAUGAUCAUGUCCGUGGGAGAAAAGCUCAGCUGUCUCUACAUGACUGCGCUGCUGCAGGAUCGUGGGACCAACGCCGUGUAUGUGGACCUGAGUGACAUUGUAACACCUUCCGCCACCAAGACUCUCGACCAUAUAUUCUACACUACCCUUGCAACAACACUUGGAGAGCGCGUGCACUCGCUAAAGCCCGGCGUCGUCCCAGUCAUGACCGGCUACUUUGGCCGGGUGCCGGGCGGGCUGCUCCAACAAAUCGGCAGAGGCUAUACCGACCUUUGCGCAGCGCUCGUCGCAGUCGGACUUCAAGCCAAGGAGCUACAAAUCUGGAAAGAGGUCGACGGCAUUUUCACCGCCGACCCACGCAAGGUCCCGACCGCGCGUCUAUUGGAUUCCGUCACACCCAGCGAAGCCGCGGAAUUGACCUUCUACGGCUCCGAGGUCAUCCAUCCCUUCACCAUGGACCAAGUCAUCAGAGCCAGCAUACCCAUCCGCAUCAAGAACGUCAUGAACCCGCGUGGGGACGGCACAAUGGUCGUACCGGACCGCGCGGACGACAUUAGCAACAAGCAGCCAGGGCUGUUUCGUAAUCGCUCAGUUUCGAAUUUGAGCCAACAUACCAAGCCGAAACGUCCGACGGCUGUAACCAUCAAGCCGAAGAUCACAGUAUUGAAUGUGCACUCGAAGAGGCGCACGCGUGCGCAUGGCUUCCUGAUGUCCAUUUUCAGCACGCUGGACAAGCACGGUCUAUCUGUUGACCUCAUUUCGUCCUCUGAAGUGCACGUCUCCAUGGCCUUGCACUCAGAGGAGGCAUUACUGUCCGGCGAGCGGGAAGAGGAGAUGAAGAUCCGAUCGGAAGCACUGAGAGGCGCGGUUGAGGAUCUCGGCCGCUGGGGCGAUGUCGAUAUUGUUCCCAACAUGGCCAUCAUCUCCCUUAUCGGACGACAGUUGAGGAACAUGGUCGGUGUCAGUGGUCGCUUUUUCAGCACGCUAGGCGACAAUGGGAUCAAUAUUGAGAUGAUCUCGCAGGGUGCGAGCGAAAUCAAUAUUAGCUGCGUUAUCGAUGCCCGCGAUGCUACGAGGGCGUUGAAUGUGGUUCAUACGAACUUGUUCACAUUUAUCCUGGAUUAG